UGUAUAGCCAAAAAGCUUCUCAUAAAGUACUUACAAAGUACCCAGCCCUAAUAAAUUGGUUUAAAUGGUACUUUCAUAAUAUCUAUCAUGAUUCUCUUCUCAAUCGUAACUUCCUAAGUCUAUCUUAUACUAUGCUCUUUAACCUUCGUCAAUUCGUCAAUUGGAAGUUACGGACAGAAGUGACUUAUGUAAAGUUCCGGCAGCUCGGUAAAGCGGCAGCCGUUCCUCUCACUAUACAUUACCCAUUACCUAAAUGCAUGUCCUAAAUGUCCUAAACGCAUGUACAUAUACUUAUUUCUACGCCUCUUCUCUCAGCCCCUUGUUUCUGCCUGCGUUUCCACCCCUGCUUCCAUCUUCCGACGCGAAAGAACAACGCUGCUAGACCUACUUAUUUCAUUUAUUUCACUUCACACGGCAAGUCUAUGCUAUUUAGCUUAUUGUCGUUUCUUAUUACUCACCCCACACCCCUCAUCCUUAGGUCGGCGAAUGUCUUUACUUCGUCCCUUCGUCCCUUCGUCUUUUCGAGAUACAGACUUAAGUGUGCAGGACCGUUCGUCAUGUCAUAUUUCAAAGCUACGAACCCCGCGUGCUAUUAAUUGUUAAUUGUUCAUAAUCUCCCCCCACCACGCGUUUCCCUUCAAGGAUAAGCAGUUAGCAGUUAGAUACAAGAGAUACAAGAUUGAUAACGUGGCGAGCUCAACAAACAAGCCACCAUGCAAUCUAUGCAGAGACAGUUCGGAAAAUUACUCCACAAGAGCCCUGGAGAUAAUGCCCGAGUCGCUGUUCUAUUAAACGACUACGAGGACGCCGACAGAGUUCUUGCUAAGAUCAUUGACCACACCAAGGCAUGGCGCGAAUCCUGGAUCAACCUAGCUAUGGCGCAACUAGGCAUAGUCACCGAGUACGACGGCCUCUGGGACCCAAUAGUUGGUGCUACCGAUGGUCAUGGAACAACAGCUGUGCCCACCCCGGAUCUCCAGCUCGAACGUACUCUUAAGUUGAAACAGGCCUAUACUGAACUUAAGGCAGAAGUACUGGAGGAAGUAGGUCUCAUUGAAUCUACAAUAAUUAAGCCCGCUACCGACGCCCGCGACUGCAUUGCUCCCUUAAGGAGGACCAUUAAGAAGCGGGAAAACAGAAGGUUGGAUUACGAGAAGUGUCAAGACAAGGUCAAUAAAUUGCAGAGGAAGGUCUCUCGAACUCCUAAGGAAGAUGCUGCUCUGGCCAAAGCCGAAGCUGAAGUUGCGCGAACAGCUGAGGAAUUCGAGGUUGCGGACUCACAUCUAAGAGAAACAUUACCACCUCUCGUGGCUGCGACUUUCAGUAUAAUACCGCCGCUCAUAGCAGGAGUGGUUGUAAUUCAGAAUAGACUGCUCGGUCUAUACUAUACCACUCUUCACAACUACUGUCAAGACUAUGACUUUCCAUCGCCACCGCCACCCAUGGAAACCGUAACAUCGAUGUGGUCGGCUGCUUAUGAGCCCGUCAAGCGCGAAGUCGAAUCCAUAACAUGCAUCGCAACGGGUAAGGCCGUCCGACAACCAAUGAAACUUCCAGACGACCCAAGCAACGUCAACAAUAAUAACAAUGAUCGCAAACCGUCCACUUCGUCCGCCACUUCUUCUACCGCGGAGAACGGCUUUCACCGUUCACCGUCUGGGCUCAUCGGCUCCAGUAACUCCGCACCACCUCCAGCUGGCCCACGGCCAAAACGAAUCCCUUCGUCAGCCUCGAUAGCGUCAUCCCAAGGAAGCAACACAAUACAGCCGAAGCCGAAGCCGUCGUUUACUAUUGGCAACCAUCUCACGCCUACAGACUUCACCACAGCAUCUCGACUUGGCCAGGGCCUGACACCAGCCAUAUCACCUGGCUCCACUCAACCACGAUCAGAUUAUUUCGGACGCCCUUCGCCGGCGCCUACGAAUGCACCCAGCGCAUCAUUCAAUGCGGCCGCUACUGCAGCUGCCAUCGCCGUCAAGAAGAAAGCUCCUCCGCCCCCACCGCCGAAGAAGAUAGGCGCAAACCGGCUGGAGGAAUUCGUAAUCGCUCAAUAUGAUUUCACCGGGCAAAACGCAGGCGACCUGUCCUUCCGCGAAGGCGACAGGAUAAAAAUCGUCAAGAAGACGGGCACGGAUCAGGACUGGUGGGUGGGCGAACUAGACGGCGUCCGGGGCAGCUUCCCGGCAAAUUACUGUAAGGCAGCUUAGCAGGUAGGACGUCCAGAGAAAAUCCCAGCUAGGUUAGGUAACUAAAAAAAAAAUCGGAGAUAUUCGGAAUAAAACGCAGGUAUUCAGAACAUGUGGUAUUAUAUAUAUUUAAUAAGUAUUGCUUCGUUUCUAUAAUGGUGGUUCAAAGGGGAAUUCAUUCUACUCGCUCUUUCGGUCAUGUCUAAAUAAACGGAUAAGGCUGGGUGGAUGAGUAGAUGGAUGGAUAAUGAAAUGGGAAAAGAUUUACGUUCCCUUUAUAAUAGGAUACGCAUGCAUACCUUUGGUAUUUAUAAGUACGAAAGGGAGAAAAGGGAAAAAGCAAAAAGCAAAAUUGGGGUUCAAGUCAAUACAAUACAAUAGCACUUCUUUUAGUCUUCACUA